UCUCUCUCUGUCUCUGUUAUUCUGUUUCCCAUUUUCUCUCUGUAUCACUUCAUCUUUUUAUUUUUGCCUUCCUAUUUCAUUACCUUCUGUUUCCUAUCUCUGUCCCAAGGUAAUGUUCCUGCAGAUGUGAGUGAAUCAUAAAACCCUCCACAAACCCUUCACUAGACUCCCAAAAAAACUGGAGGAGUUACUAUAUUGAUUUUCUGACUGCACCCCCAUACUGGCAGAUUGUGCCUCCCAGUCGUGCAGCCCCCCCCGCCCCAAUCCCAAUCAACUGCUCCCAGAACCCUGUAGCCUCCAUACAGAAUGUUCUCUUCCAAUUUCCUGGGUGGGGGGAACCCUCUGAGUGCCAUGUCGUCUGCGGUGAACAAGUUUAGCCUGUUCGGUGACGAGACUGAGGAAGGAAAGGAAAAGCAGCAGCAGGGGCCUCUGAAGCAGAAAAUUCCUGAACAGCAUGGAAAUGGACAGCCUGUGUCACAAGGAUCUCAAAAACACAGCACAGAGAAGCCACCAGGAGGGCGUAUGGAUGAUCCUCAACAGCAAGGAAUAGGUAGGGGGCUGGCCCAGCAUCCAUUGUCAGGAAGAGGUAGCCCUCAACAACAAAGAGCUGGUAGAGGAGGACCUCAUCAUCAGGGGGUGGGAAGGGGAAAAUCUCCACAGCGUGAAACAGGCAGGGGUGGACCUCUGCAACAAGACCCUACAGGACCUGGGACUCACCAAGUGGAAAUAACUGCAGCAUCUGCUGCAGGCAUGGAGUCACUCUGUCCAAUCUGUAAAAACACAAAAUUCAAUUUUCAGUCUAAGGAACCACCCAACCAUAACACCUGUACACAAUGUAAAUCUGUUGUCUGCAGCAUGUGUGGCUUUAGUCCUCCAGAUGCAGCUGUGAGCUAA